ACGGUCACUCUGUCACACUGAUCGCGACGCAACUUGCAAUUAAUUUUAAUUUUAAAAUGACGCGCAUCGCAAUACGUUCAAUAGAGACUGCCGUUUUAUAAAACAAGUGAACAGUGCGAAUUUCGUAGUUCCGUGUUCCGUCGUUAUCAGUGUUAGUCAUACGUAGUUAGUUUUUCGAGCGACGGCCAAUGUGAUUAGUGGCGUCCGUCAACAUAACACACAUACAUACUUAUGUACAUGGAAGUGUGUCAAAAAAGAGAAUCCACUAUUUACUCAAGAGCCACCGCCUUAAUAGAGCAAAGAUAAAUAAAUAAGUCUUACUUAAAGAAGUGUAAUCAUUAAAAUAUUUCAAUUCGAUCAACUGAAGCCACUAUUAUAGUUUUGUAAACUAUGUUGAAAUUUAUCCGAGGGAAGGGUCAGCAGCCCAGUGCUGAAAGACAACGCCUACAAAAGGACCUUUUUGCUUAUCGUAAGACCGCACAGCAUGGCUUCCCUCACAAGCCAUCAGCUCUUGCAUAUGAUCCAGUCUUAAAACUCAUGGCCAUUGGAACGCAAACAGGAGCUAUUAAGGUUUUUGGUCAGCCCGGAGUUGAAUUAUAUGGCCAGCACACGCUAAUGAACAAUUCUGCAUCGGAGCUUAAUGUGCAGUUACUUGAAUGGGUUUAUGGAACGGGUCGCAUUCUUUCCUUGACAGCAGCCAAUCAAUUAAUACUCUGGGAGCCUGUUGGAACGACAUUGCUGCCAAUCAAAACACUUCCUUUUGACGGAAAACUGAAGAAGGUUUCAUCGCUUUGCUGUUCCUUGAAUAAAGAUCUUCUAUGGAUUGGAACGGAAGGAGGAAAUAUUUAUCAGCUUGAUUUACACACAUUUACCAUAAAGGAACCUAUAAUUUACCACGAUGCUGUCUUAGAGCAGGUGCCACCAGCAUACAAGCUAAAUCCUGGGGCAAUUGAGUCAAUUCGCCAGCUGCCGAACGCCCUGAAUAAGCUGCUUAUUGCUUACAACCGGGGCCUAUGUGUUUUAUGGGACUUCGAAACGUCAUCCGUGGAGAGAGCAUACAUAGCCCCUGGACAUGGGCAAAGCGUUGGACUCUCAGUGAAUUUUGGAGGAUCCGAAUUUAGCUGGUAUCACGCUGAUGGCUCUUACGCUACUUGGAGCAUAGAUACCUCAGAACCUCCAUCCAACGUUAACUACGUUCCUUAUGGCCCUGAUCCGUGUAAGAGCAUAAAUCGUCUGUACAAAGGCAAGCAAGGAUCUAACGACGUGAUUGUUUUUUCCGGUGGAAUGCCACGUUCAGCAUAUGGUGAUCAUAAUUGCGUAUCCGUACACACUAGUAAUGGCCACAAAGUGUGUCUUGAUUUUACGUCGAAAGUCAUUGACUUCUUUGUAACUUACAAAAAUAAUGAAGAUGUCGCUGAAGUUCUUAUUGUACUUCUUGAAGAGGAACUCUGCGCAUACGAUCUCACUGACUCUAGUAUUCCUGCAAUCAAAGCGCCUUAUCUUCACUCGGUGCAUGCAUCAGCUGUAACGUGUAAUUAUCUUGCAUCUCAAGUCAUACAGUCUGUAUAUGACAGUAUUUUACGAGCGGGAGAUGAACAAGACAUCGACUACAGUAAUGUUAGCUGGCCUAUCACUGGCGGUGUACUUCCGGAUAACUUGGCAGAAUCUGAUGAAGAGGAGACGCCUAAGUUGUACGAGAUCAUGUUGACUGGGCACGAAGAUGGUUCUGUUAAGUUUUGGGAUUGUACUGGAGUGGUGCUUAAGCCAAUUUAUAAUUUUAAAACGAGCAGCAUUUUUGGAAGCGAGCAUGAUUUACGAGACGACGGAGCGGCAGACACUAGUGCUGAACAACUUGACGAAGGGGAGCCGCCAUUCCGAAAAGCGGGUCUUUUUGAUCCUUACUCUGAUGAUCCUCGAUUAGCAGUGAAAAAAAUAGCAUUCUGCCCAAAGACCGGACAGCUGAUUGUUGGUGGCACAGCAGGCCAAAUAGUUAUAGCCGACUUUGAUGACACAUCUGAAAAGGUCUCUUUAAAGUACAGUUCCAUGAAUUUAGUCAGUGACCGUGACGGGUUUGUCUGGAAGGGACACGACCAGCUUAAUGUGAAAACGAACCUUUUGGACGGUCAGGAGAUUCCUGUAACCGAAAAUGGCGUAAACAUUUUAGGAGUGCUGCAAGUUUUGCCUCCAGCUAGCAUUACUUGCAUGGCACUUGAAGCGAACUGGGGACUUGUGUCUGGUGGAACUGCGCACGGUUUAGUGCUCUUUGAUUUCAAAAAUUUCGUUCCGGUAUUUCACCGCUGCACAUUAAAUCCAAAUGAUUUGACUGGAGCAGGUGAGACUUUGUCUCGUCGCAAGUCAUUUAAGAAAUCUUUGCGAGAGUCAUUUAGAAAGCUUCGUAAGGGUCGAUCGACAAGGAACAACCCCAACAAUCAGGUGCCAACAACUUUGGAAGCACGACCCGUUGAAAGGCAAAUAGAGGCACGUUGUGCUGAAGACGGGUUAGGGUCGAUGGUGCGAUGUUUACUAUUUGCUAAAACUUAUGUAACUAAUGUUAACAUAACAUCGCCAACCCUGUGGUCAGCAACAAAUGCUAGUACCGUCUCAGUAUUUCUUUUGCAUUUGCCCCCAGCGCAAACUGCUGCAACUGCAGUACCAUCGGCAAGUGGAAAUGUUCCACCACAGACGCCGCGUCGGAUAUCCGCGCAGCUUGCAAAAGAAAUUCAAUUAAAACAUCGCGCCCCUGUGGUGGGUAUUUCCAUUUUUGACCAGACGGGUAGCCCAGUCGAUCAACUGAGCGCCGGAGAAAACGGUAGUCCACCGCACCGUCUUCUUAUCGCUUCCGAAGAGCAGUUCAAAGUGUUUUCACUUCCGCAAUUAAAACCGAUAAACAAAUAUAAGCUUACCGCUAACGAGGGCGCUCGGAUUCGUCGCAUCCAUUUUGGUUCAUUUAGUUGCCGCGUAUCGCCGGAGUUACUACAAAAUAUGCAUGGUAGUAGUCCAACCAAAUCUACACGCUCCCAAAUCGAUGGAGAGGGAUCUGCAAAUAGCAGUGCAAACUUGGGUGCAGGUCGUGGAUAUGUUUAUCACGAAACUGCACUGAUCUGUUUAACCAAUAUGGGCGAUAUCAUGGUUUUAUCAGUCCCUGAAUUAAAAAGACAGCUGAAUGCCGCUGCAGUGCGACGGGAGGACAUAAAUGGAAUUUCGUCACUUUGUUUUACCAACUCUGGUGAAGCACUAUACAUGAUGUCUUCUUCUGAAUUGCAGCGCAUUGCUCUAUCCACGUCCACAGUUGUCCAACCCACGGGCAGUGUUGAAGUAGAACCCUUGGAAAUGGAACGCUCUACUCUAGAAGAAAAUGAAGAAGAAAGCGAUAAGGAAACAUUUGUUAAUUCUGAAGUAGUCAAUGACGUUAAGGACGCACCCAUUGCUUCUAUUCGCGCUAAGCCUGUAGAGGGGAGCGUUGAUAGAAGUAGUCUUAUCAAUGGAAUUUGCAAUACUAAUUCAUCAAACCAGGCGAACGAGACAAUUACCAGCUCCGUUGGUGAUAUUACUGUUGACUCAGUGCGAGACCAUUUAAAUCUUACAACAACAACGUUGUGUUCUACGACUACAGAGGAAACUGUCGGUCGCCUUUCUGUGCUUAGCACGCAAACAAACACAGCCACUACUACCGUGAACAUGAACGAUAUUCCGGAUAUUAACAUUUCCAAUUUAGGGGAUUUGACAUCGAAAAGUAAUACAACGGAAACCAGCACGAGUUCUGUGGUAAUAAAAUCUGUUAUUACGAGCAUAUCCCACGACAAGACAAACGGAGAAAACAAAGUUAAUACUACGAAAAACGCGCCUGAAGAAAGUCAAUUUUAAUAACUAAAAAUAUAUCGGACAUCAGCAAACAAUAGCGUAAAUGACAAAAUAUACAAAAUAUGAUUAUUUUUUAGAAACUUGUUUACACAUUUACAAAUUAUGUAAUUUAAAACACUAUCGGGUAUGUUGUCCCGGAACCAGACAUUUUAUUGUAUCCGUAUUGCUAUUAUUCUAACAGCGACUGUUAAUAAUACUUUUAGUUAUGUUUUCCGUUAUUUUGCGUGGCUUCACGAGACUAUUGUAACAACAUUUAACCCGUACUCCACUAUUGCAUUUAAAGAUAAACUUUCAACAUGCCUAUUUAUAAUGGCAUUUGCCAUCACGUGUCCUAUUUAUAAUGGCAUUUGCAUUCACAAACAUUUAGUUAUUUGUAAUAUUUUUGUUUACUUCUAAAAGCGUUUCUUUCCACAUUACCACUUUAAAAUUAAGAUAAAAAGUAUAUCUUCCGUGUUUUUAUACCCUUUUAAAAUAUAAACAAUUAUAGUUAAGUGAAAAAAGCAAAGUUGACCAUAUUAAGAAUGCAUACACCAGA